AUGGACACAAGGUUAUUGAAACGACUAAAUGGACAGCGCGUUGUGCUUGCGUCUAAGUCUCCAAGACGACUAGACAUUGUGAAAGAGCAGAUAGGACUUGAUAGUGUUGAGGUGAUUGGAUCGGGAUUCCCAGAGGAUCUAGACAAGGAUCAGUAUGCACCAUUUGAGUACGUUGUGCAAACAGCUAUUCGCAAAGCAAUUGAUGUCUAUCAGAGUGAAGUUGAUGCCGACGAGCCACCUGCAUUGGUUCUUGCAGCAGACACAGUUGUAGUAAACCAAGGGCUUAUUUUGGAAAAGCCAGUAAAUGUCGAACAUCAGAUCGCUAUGCUAAAACAGCUACGGGACGCACCCCAUCCGCAUCGGGUUUUCACCGGGGUUGUCGCUAUAGUACCAUUGGAGAAACCUAUUGCACCAGGAUAUGCCAUGGAGUCUUAUCUUGGGGACUCCAAGGUAAAAUUUAGGAGUGAUAUCUCGGAUGAAGAAAUAGAGGCCUAUGCGAAGUCUGGGGAGGCCCUCGAUGCUGCUGGCGGCUACAAAAUACAGGGGGGGGCUAAAAAAUUUGUUGAAAACGUAGAAGGUGACGUUUUCAACGUAAUUGGACUCCCUGUUGGUGGAACAAUUAAGCUCAUCGAGAACACAUUCCGUGUUGCGGAAGACAGUGACUCGGAAUCUGAUUGA